GCGGGAUCAUUCUCUUCCUUCUCCAUUUCCUGUUGGAGCUUAAAAAGGCAAAAAAAAAUGUCGGUUUUGCCGGACGAAAUCUGGAGAAGAAUUUUGGAGAUGGGAAUUGAGAACUCGAAACUCGACUACAAAGACCUCUGCUGCAUUUCCAUCUCUUGCAGACGCCUGAGUAGAUUAUCCGGCGAAGAUGCGUUAUGGUCAACUUUGAUUUCCCUUGAUUUCCCCCAAAGAACAGAUGGUGCUUCCCGAUCCAUGUCUCUCUAUUCUAAUUCAAAAACCCUGUACAAAUCCAGUUUCGAGAAGGACAAAGCAAGAAAGCUCGCAGCUCAUCGUCGUGCUCUUCUAAGAUUGGAGAGCCAAGUUUCUGUUUAUGCGAAGGGUCUUAAGGACAUUCGUCUGCGAUUGAUGGAGGAGAGUGAGAGAAUGAAGGCAGCGGUACAAGAAUUAUCCAAUUCAGAGAAGGUCAGGCAAGCUUCAGUGGCCUUGAAUGUGUGGCAGCCAGAAAUUAUCCGGGGUAAGCAGAAACAGAUAGUUGAACAAUGUGGUGUUCCUGUUAAUUCUCGUAUAGCUGCUCUAAAGAUGGAACUUAAGCUUUGUAAGCAACAGAUAUCUGCUCUUGAGAAGGCCUAUAAAGAUCAGCAGCGGAGACUUGAUGUUUCAAAGGAAGAGUUGAGUUCUUUGAAGUAUCAUCCCUUACGAGAUUAUAAGUUGACAGGACCUAGGAGGGAUGGAUGUAACAUUAAACGGAAGAAGUUGAAGGGAUGUUAGCAAUUGAGGAAGGUGUCCAGAGAGCUAGAAGCUUU